AUGCGGCUUGCACGUACAUUUAUGACCUUGCUGGCGGCUGUGGUUGCUUCGGCCACCAUUCUCGAGAACGGUCAAGUGAGAGAGAAUGCAUAUCCCGGCCAGUUACAACCGGUGACUUUGGACGAUUCAUGGAGGAACUAUCCCGCGGAUGCCCCGGAGAUCUCUUACAAAGGUCGAUGGGAUAGCCAACACAUCUCUUGGUGGUCUGCACCGGGAAUCAAAGUCGAGUUCUCUGGGGAAAAGCUUGCCGUCCACUUCGGCCCAAGCACCAACACGGGUGUUCUGGUGGCCUACCGGAUUGGCUCUCUUGAUUGGCAAUUCUCUAAUAUCACCGCCUCCUCCACAUAUCAAUUUGUUGGUCCGUGGUCAGAGCUCAAAGAUGGUGAUGAACCCGUCGACAAAAAUGUGUUUGAGAUGAGAGUCCAAAUCGCUGGUGUUGCUGUCGCGAAUGAUGCCGUCCUCACCAAGGCCCCGACCUUCCCAAAGAGAGUUGAGAUUAUUGGGGGCUCGCUUGCAUCUGGACAAUUUGCCACCUACGAGACAAUCUCAUCGUGGUCCUUCCUCUUCGCUAACGGCUUAGGAAAUGUCGAAUACGGCAUCACGGCCUAUCCCGGCGUGUGUCUCGCCGAUGAACAAUGUUACAACGGCGGCUCUCGCGGUGUAGGAUGGUACUGGCACCGUGCCUCGGACCCGGGCUCUCGUGCGCAUUCAAUUUACGACCGCAAUCCCGAGAAGUGGGACGUCAAGGCAGAGCAACCGGCCGAUCUUGUGAUCAUUCAGAUGGGCGGCAACGAUCAUCGCCAUCCCAACGAAAUCCCCGGCAGGGAUUACUACCAUGCCUACGUCGACUUGGUAGAGGAUAUCCACUCUAACUGGCCUAAUGCGAUCAUCAUCCUCAUGUCCCAAUGGGGAGGGUUCACCAAGGAAGGAAAGAAGUACGUCGGUAGCACUUACUACCAGGAAGAGACCAGGGAAGUCAAUGAGCACUUCAAAGACCGUGGUUUCGUCUACUAUUUCCCCACCGAGGGCCUUCUGCAGCAUAACGAUAUCAACCCCAAGAACCAUCUUACGGAUGUGGGACAUGUCAAGAUUGCGAGUCACUUGUUGCAGUGGGUUAAGUUGGUUCUCAGGUGGAACCUUGAGCCUACGGGCGAAGUCCAAUCUGGAACUACCUACUGGAACGAUCAGCAGGAAUACUGA